AGAAACACAUCAUGGACACGUCACAGCGAGCUUUCCGUGGUGUAUGCCGCCUGAUGGUGGUGGUGGUGCUGAGUGGCCUGGCAGGAGUGAACGGCAGACAGGUGGAGAGGAUUCCGAGGACGGCCCGCCACACACCAGCCCUGCGCCACACCCGCAUCGUGGGAGGCAACGUGACCACCCAGGGCCAGUUCCCCUCCAUGGUGGCACUGUACCACCAUUCCCUGUUUGGCAAGUCCUUCAUCUGCGGCGGCACUCUGCUCAACACCAAUCACGUCCUGACGGCGGCGCAGUGCCUGGACGGGUACUCGGCCUCCUCCAUCGAGGCGGUGGCGGCGGAGCAGCACCUGAGCCAGAGCUCGGGGCUGGAACAGAGUCUCCGCGGCGAAAUCAAGAUCAUGCACGACUUCUCCACCACCACGGGCGCCAACGACAUCGCCAUUCUCAGGACGUCAGGACACUUUAUGCUGGCUGAGGGGUUGGUGCAGGUGGUGCAGCUGCCUCAGGACUACCAGACGCCUCCCGCCACGUGCACGGCUGUGGGCUGGGGCAACACUGAGUACGGCGGGAGCAUCAGCAAGGAUCUGCGCUCCGUGGAGCUGCCGACCCUCACUGACCAGGAGUGCUCAGACGUGUACGGGCCGGACCAAGUGAUGCUGGACAUGAUGUGUGCAGGUCAUAUGGACGGCGGCUCGGGGGUGUGCAAUGGUGACGCGGGCGGGCCCCUGUUCUGCGAGGGCGUCAUAAUGGGCAUCACGUCCCGGGGGCUGCACUGCGACAGCUACCCCGCCAUCUUCACCGAGGUGUCUCACUAUCUCGACUGGAUCAGGCUCAACAGCAACGCGUAAACACAUUGAGGCACUGCUGCUGCUGCUGCUGCCUGAGGGAGUGAGGCAGCUGUGUGUUGACAGGAGCCUUAUUCUGUCCAUCCUCCUCCUGAAUGUUCCCUUUUCCAUCCUUUUCGUUUUCUCCCAUUCCUAUUCUGCCAAGUUCCCUAACGCAAUGGCUAGCCAGUACUUCCAGUCUUUCAUCUCCUCUCCGGAUAAACUCGGUAAUUCGGUGCCCGCUUCUAUAUUUCCUCCUCCCUAUGAUUUAAUAACUCCUUCACGAGUGAGGUGUCUUCAGAACAUUUUUCGUAAUUUGUAAAUGUUUCAUUGAACUUUUCUGGCACUUUUUUCCGCUUUUUUAUUGUCCUUUGCCAGAGUUCCUCCAUCAAUAAAAGAAAACUCUUGAUCUUUCG